AUGCGCGAUAAUAAAAGGUCUAUCUUAUAUAAGGAAAUAUCCAACCAAUUUUAUUAUAAAAUUUUUAUAAUGGAAUCUUAUGAAAGUAUCUCCUUUUCACUAACUCAGUUGAUUGAAUUAUUUACAGAAAAUAUUUUAUGGUCAUUAUUUUUAACAUCCACAGCUAUUCAUGCAAUAUUGCUAAUAUCAAGUCCAUUACAAGCAGUUUAUAAAUGGUUUAGAAGGCAAAGUUCUGAUUCGGAUACAUGUAUACCAUAUAUUGCUGGAGUUGUUGGAUCAUCUUUGUGGUUAAGAUAUGCAAUUUUUAUAUCAGAUUAUAAAAUGAUAUUAUUACAAUCAUAUGCAGUUAUAAUGCAAUCAUUUUUUAUCAUAUCAUUAUUAAUAUUUAGAUCUAAGAAAAAAAAACUUUUAAGAUCUGUAUUUAUUGUCUAUAGUAUAGUAAUAUUUUAUAAUUAUUAUGCAUCUAUUAUCCCACAUGAUGAUGGAAAAAUUUUAACUGGUCGAUUAGCAUCAACAGCUCAAAUAGCUGGAUCAUUAAUUUGUCCAUACCUAAUAUAUCAAGCAAUAACAACAAAAGUUAUUGAUUUUGUACCAAUGGCUCCAGUAGCUUUUACAUGGGUAAUGGAAGCACAUGCAAUUAUCUAUUCAAUAGGUAUAGAUGAUUUUUAUAUGUUAUUGGCAAAUACAAUAUUUUUCUGUAUGGAUGGUUCCCUAUUAUGUAUGUUUUUUAUUUUUCCAACAGACAAACCAUCAACACAAAAACCCCUAUAA